ACGCAUCGCGUAAUUCGCUCAACACAUGGAUUACGCUAUUCUUAUUUGCUCCAUCGUAUUUCUUCGCGCGGCUCGCGUGGCAAAUGCUGAGCGAUCAACGAGAUGAUAAAUCGCAGACAAAUAAUUCGAAAUAAAAAGCAAAAGGCGUUACGUCAAAAAGAUCGAUGAAUAUUAUUGUGACAUUUCGCACCCGUGCCUUUGCCGACCUUAUUGUUUCCUGAUCGACUCGACUCGUUAAGAGCGUCAGAUGGUAGGCGCAUCGCAAAUAAUUAUCUUUCCAGCAUCCCGAUUAUGCUUAUGAUAUGAAAUAUCGCGAGAUUUAGUCUGUCCCGAUUUAUCAAUCCUGCCAUCUGCUAUUGAAGCUGUCGCGUCAGUGUGAAUGGCCUUUUAAAAAGGCUGAUAAUUCCAACCAGACGCUACCAAAAAAAGAUACAAUUGAAUUAACGAUUUUCACUACGAUAUUAUACGAACAAGAUUUAAAGAGAGGCAAAUAAUAUAUAUUGGACGAAUUCUACUUAAAUUUGACUAAUAUUUAUGAGAAAGAUCGUAUAUAAUGUACGUCAAGUAUGUUUUUUUGCGCUAUUUUCCAAACAGUUUGCACGAUACGGUAUCGUUAAUUUUUCAAUAUUGAACCAUAAUAACCAAUUGUUACCUGCCACGAUAUCACCUUAACCAUCAAUAAUUAAUGUCGCUUCCGUAAAAAAAAAAAAAUGGCAUAUGUAAUGACGAUUAUUAAUUUGCUGUAUUAACAUUAACUAAUGACAUACAUUAUAUUAUCGCGUCACUUCCAUCUAUCAUGAUUAAUAAUCGUGCGAGCGGAAAAGUUUUAUCAGUAAUGUAGUUUUCUAUAAAUUGACAGUCAGAGCGUGGAAACUAUCAAACCAUUACAGUCAGAGCGUGGAAACUCAGAGCAUUACAGUUAAUUCUCAAGUUUGGCAUCGCGAUGUCAUUCUUCGUUUUAAUUUUUACAUCUUUCCUGGCGAUCGCACUCGCCCAGAAGGAUCCGCAUUAUGUGGAUGGCAGAACAACUAUGGUUCAUUUGUUCGAAUGGAAAUUCAACGACAUCGCCAAAGAAUGCGAGGAUUUCCUUGGUCCAAAGGGCUACGGUGGUGUACAAGUUUCUCCCAUAAAUGAGAAUCUCAUAAUAAAGGACAGACCCUGGUACGAGAGAUAUCAGCCAUUGUCCUAUAACAUUAUUAGUCGAUCCGGAAACGAAUCCGAAUUUGAGAACAUGGUAAACAGGUGUAAAAAAGUCGGUGUACAGAUAUACGUUGACGUAGUCGUUAAUCACAUGUCAGCGGACGCACAACCCGCGUACGGCACCGGUGGCACAUCAGCAGAUCCGAAAGACUUCAGUUAUCCGGGAGUCCCGUAUAGUUCACAGGACUUCCAUACACCUCCAUGCCAAAUCCAGAAUUAUAACAAUGCAACCGAGGUUCGAGACUGUGAAUUGUCCGGCCUUCAUGAUCUCAAUCAGAGGAAGGAUCAUGUGCGAAGUGAAAUAAUUGAAUUUUUCAAUAAGCUCGUCGAUCUUGGAGCCACUGGCUUGCGCAUUGACGCAGCUAAGCACAUGUGGCCACAAGAUCUAGAGGUUAUUUACAACAGGACCAAAGGUCUGUCAACAGAAGGUGGAUUUUUACCGUUUGCGCGACCUUAUAUCUAUCAAGAAGUCAUAGAUCUUGGUGGCGAGGCCGUUAGCAAAUUCGAGUACAACGGACUUGCAAAUGUCAUUGAGUUUCAAUACGGAGUAAUUUUGGGUAGUAUGUUCCGUGGUCAGGACAAAUUGUCGAGGCUGGGAACGUUCAAUGAUCCGGAAGCUUGGAGAAUGUUACCUUCCGAUGACGCGUUAGUUAUGGUUGACAAUCAUGAUAAUCAGAGAGGCCAUGGUGCCGGCGGAUCCACUAUUCUAACGCAUAAAGACCCAAAACCGUACAAGAUAGCAAUAGCCUUUAUGCUUGCCUAUCCCUAUGGUCAUCCUCGAGUCAUGAGCUCCUUCGCCUUUAAUGAUCCCAGUCAAGGACCACCGGCCGAUUCGGAUGGCAGUAUCAUUUCGCCUGAAAUUUCCAAUGGCCAAUGCAUCAACGGUUGGGUCUGCGAACACAGAUGGCCGCAGAUCUACCACAUGGUCCAAUUCCGCAAUCUGGUCAACGAUGAGCCAGUGGAGAACUGGUGGAGCGAUGGAAACAAUCAGAUCGCCUUCUCCCGCGGCUCUAAAGGUUUCACCGCUUUUAACGUCGAGGGAGAUCUUCGCGAACAGUUGCAAACUGGAUUGCCCGCCGGUACUUAUUGCGAUGUCAUAACGGGAGACGUGGUCGACGGGAAAUGCACGGGAAAGUCAGUGGUGGUUGAAGACGAUGGUCGCGCUAAUAUUGAAAUUUUAUCAAAUGAGUCGGAAGGCGUGCUCGCUCUUCAUAUACAGUUCGCGACAUUAUUGUGCAUAAUGUAUGUGCUAGUGUUUGCGUUAACAAUACUAUCGGCGGUGGUUGCUCAGAAAGACCCGCAUUAUGUGAACGGCCACGAUGGAAUGGUGCAUCUCUUUGAAUGGAAAUGGCCAGACAUUGCGGCGGAGUGCGAAAAUUUUCUGGGUCCUUUAGGGUUCGGUGGCGUGCAGGUCUCUCCGGUACAAGAAAACGUAAUUGUAGACAACAGACCAUGGUGGGAGCGCUAUCAGCCUAUAUCUUACAUCUGGCGUACGAGAUCGGGUACGUCGGAGCAAUUCAAAGAUAUGGUUCGUAGAUGUAACAACGCCGGUGUGAGAAUUUACGUCGACGUGGUGUUCAAUCAUAUGACCGGCGAACACAAAGUAGCAGUGGGUACCGGCGGUUCGACAGCGAAUACAUUCAACUUCAGUUAUCAAGCAGUACCGUACACAAAAGUUGAUUUUCACGCACCAUGCGAAAUUAACAAUUACCAGAAUGCAACGAACGUGCGGGAUUGCCAAUUGUCCGGUCUGCUCGAUCUUGAUCAGUCGAAAGAAUUUGUCAGGGAGAAGAUCGUCGAUUUUAUGAACGACGCCAUCGAAGCUGGAGUCGCCGGUUUUCGAGUAGACGCAGCUAAACAUAUGUGGCCAAAUGAUCUAAAAGUGAUUUAUUCUCGGCUGAAGAAUCUCAAUUCCGAGCACCAUUUUGACGUAAAUACGCGACCCUACAUAUUUCAAGAGGUGAUCGAUUACGGCGGUGAAGCAAUCAGCAAGUAUGAAUACAAUAGUUUUGGCGGGGUGACGGAAUUCCGGAAUGGCAUGGAAAUCAGCAACGCCUUGACAGGACACAAUCAAUUGAAAUGGUUCGUCAACUGGGGAGAAGCUUGGGGGCUGUUACCAUCGCAGGAUGCCCUGAUGGCCGUCGCCUUCAUGCUGGCGCACCCUUAUGGAACCCCGCGUAUUAUGAGCUCCUUCGAUUUCAACGAUUUCAACGAAGGUCCGCCCCACGACUCCGCCGGAAACACUCUGUCUCCGAUUAUUAAUUCUGAUAAUACCUGUGGCAACGGCUGGAUCUGCGAGCAUCGGUGGCGUCAGAUUUACAAUAUGGUGCGCUUCCGAAAUGCCGUCAAUAAAACCAGUAUCAAUAAUUGGUGGGACAAUGGCCAGAACCAAAUCGCCUUCUGUCGCGGAAAUGCCGGAUUUAUCGCGAUCAAUGGUGAUGACUUUGACUUGAAGCAGACUCUCUUUACCUGCCUGCAACCUGGUACUUACUGCGACGUCAUUUCUGGAAGCUUGGUGAACAGCAAGUGUACCGGUAAGAUCGUGACAGUGGGUGAAGAUGGCAAAGCUUACAUACAAAUUUUGACAUGGGAGGAAGAUGGUGUACUCGCUAUUCAUAAAGGGUCCAGGGUAGCAUGAUGAAGAUCUGAUUGUACGAGCAAGAUAAAAAUCAAAAAAUAUUAUUAAAAUAUUUUGGGAUUAUAACUUUUUAUUAUUUAAUUCUGUCAAAUGUGAUAUUUCACUGCAUUUGCGAG